AUGGAGACAAACGUCUCCCCCCGGAUCAGGAUCAGGAAUCACAACACUGGUGAGACCUGCACCCUCCUCAACCCGCCACGCCUCUGCAAGGAUGUUUUGGAGCACCUUGACACGACGAAAUGCUGGGGCAGAGGAGAGCUAACGGAGACACUGGAGGGGGAGGUGAUAUCUAUACUCAUCAACGACCCGGUGCACGGUGGCAGCUAUACCUUCAAGGAGGUACAGGCCUUUCAACCUCCUCCAAAAAGAGCCUGCAGAAGAAUGAAGGUCUUCAGUCUCCAAGAUGGGAUUGAUAAGGAGGGGUUCUUUAGAGAGUCGGAAGAGGCCCCGCAGGUCAUUGAGAUCAUCAAGAAGGGGCAGUAUCCGCUCAUUGCAGAUGUCAGGAAAGCAGGAAAGACGACGCUGAAACAGGAGGUCGUGGACCUGCUCCACGGACAUUCAGUAGACACGAUCAGGGGCGAAAGCGAAGUCAGGGUAAUUGCAGUCACGCUUGGGUGGGGUUUGGAGAUGCACGGACAGGAGUCCGAAACAGCAUUCUGGAAGUAUGUGAUUGAUGAUGUCGUUCGGAAAUCUCAGGGGCUGCUGGUGCGACAUCUAGACACGACAGAUUCCGCCGCGGGGUUUGCGAGCCUCUUCCAGUGGGUCAGGCCGACUGAUCCCUUGAUUGUGCUGUGCGUCGAUGAAGCCUCCGAGUUGGCGAAGGCCUCCAUCAUGAACCGUGCGAGCCUCAUGCACUGCUUCCGGGACCUGCGCGAGGCCGCCACGCGCAGGCAGCACCGGCUACUUUCAGUCGCUUUCUUCGGCACCUUCACGGUGCUGCGGAUUGUUGACGAGCUCAAUGAGGGAAGACCGGGGCCUGCUGGCGCCAUUUUCCGGACGUCGCCGUUCCUGUUGGCAACAGGUCCUGAAGUGAUCAGGGGCCUCAGGCGCUUUUCUAUUGAAGACGUCGUCCAGCUGCUGGAAGAAUACGCCGAGCUGUGCAGAGAGGAGCUCGCGAAGAGGCCGGUUGCGCUGCAGGACCUGCAGAGGAUCGCAGAGUCCAUCUUCGAGAAAACCAGGGGCCACAAGGGCCAGACCAUCGCGUGCCUCAUGGCGUUGCAGACCAAGCAGCUUCUAGAAAAGAAUCUAGACGGGCCCCUCGUCGUAGAGCAGUGGCUGCAAUACCUUAGGACAGACCUGCCUGCCUACAUCGCUCAGUCUACUGUCUUUCGAGCCACAGUCCAGAGUGCUCUCCAAGCCACUCCAGCCCAGCUCGAGCUCCUCAGCUCCGUCCUCUAUAAUGGAACCGCAACUGUGCCAGCUGACCAGGUGCAAGAGAUCGCAGAGCCGUUGCUAGCAGAAGGAGUUCUUGUGGAAGAACCGCAUGGGGAAUCGAGCGAGUUUGGCUACCGGAGAGCGGCAGUCGCCCAGGCGAAGUCCCCGGUGACCCUCGCGCUCGCAUCCCCACUGAUCAGCAGCUGCAUCUUCUCGAACAUGGUGCGCGACGUGGUUGAGUGCGAGCCUGCCCCCGCAGAGUACCUGGAGUACAUCGACUUCCUUGUGAUUGAGACGGUGCGCAACCUGAAUUGGGCCACCAUUGCAUGUCACAAAGCAGCAAACGUGUCGGGGGAGCCGUCGGAGUACGCACUGCAAGGCCAAUUCUGGUUGAUACUGAAUCAGCUGCUCCGGAAGACCGAAAAGGUCCAAUUCUUCAGCCUAGUCGCCGAGGCCAGGAACAUAACGACUACUUCGGGAAAUGUGCGGAGACGGAUCGACUUCCUCUGCUGGCCCCUUCCACAUCGGCUUGGGACUAUCAGGCCCUUCGCGAUCGAGCUGAUUGCGUUCGCUGGGAGGGCCGACAUCCUGGAGCACAUGAGACGUGGGUACCCGAAGUUGCACGCCGCCGACGUGUACGGACGAGUCGAGACGUGCCACACAGUGGUCGUCCACGUGUCAGCGUACUGGGCUGCCAAGAGGGGCGCCACAGACUACUUCGGGCCCCCCGAGGGUGUUGAGGACGUGCACGUCGUGCAAGUUCUCUUCAAAGAAAAUGGGGCAAAGGCACGGAUCGCAUUCGAGGAUAGGGAAAGGGAUAGGGAAAUUUCUGUAGCGGGUUUGCGCAAGGAGGCCAAAAUGGUUCUUUCGAAGCUCACGACCCCUCCCAGCUCUACUCCCGGCACCCGACGGCCCUCUCUUCCCCAGCCCCCUUAA